AUGACAUGUACCAAAGCUCAAAAGGCCACUGACAACCAACAUGAAGAAGAGGAGAAGGAGGCAAGUAAAGCAACUAUACAGGAAGUCCAUAAGCGCAUUGCAGCAUUUCAAAAACAGAUGCAGACAGACCAAGCUGCUGUGUGUGCUGAUGCACCUAAGCCUAGCUGUCCUCGUCCUCAUCCUGUGAAAAAGGCUGCAAAAGCCCUAGAGACCACCGACUUGACUAUGGCUGCCAAUAAGGCUGUUGGCACCAUAGGCAAUGGUGGCAGGGCUCUGAUCAAGCACCUUCCUGGAGGACCUCGGGCAGUGGCUAGGUGGAGUUCCAUUUUCAUCCCUACUCUCAUUUCCACUAUUGAAUAUCAGGAUGAAGUCUGGGGUCGUAUUGAGUCGGAAGCAAUGCUCUCCAAUGGUUAUCAGAGUGGCACAAUGGCAUUGGCUCCACUGGCUGUCACAGUAUUCAUGAACUUCCUGUCAUUACAAGAUGAUGUCAAGACCGACGCAGAUUGCAAAGAAUUUGCAAAGAGCUUACUCAUCAAGCUAGUGUUCCUGCAUGGGAACAUCACAGAGGAUGGGGAAUUCAAGAAACCAUUUCAAUCUGAGCUUAUCAUUCAGGUGAACAGCAAAGGCAAGGCUGUCAAGAUCCCUCACUCUCAUAGCAAUUCCUCAGGCAAGAUCAGCAGCUCUCAAAAGGCCUUUUCAGACACCAACUUCAGUGUCAUGACCAGGUGCUACAUGAUGUCCAAUCGCUCCUUGGACUACGAAGUCAGAGAUAAAGAAAGCAGCAUCGCUUUUCUAGAGAAGUCCCCAUUCCGCCAAUCAAGCGAACCUAUGUCAAAUGAAAGCUUAGUACUCACAAUCCUCCAUAUCACCCAAUACACAGGUAUCCCCCGCACCGCCAUAGAAGGACUUAGGGCAGUAGCUCUGAUAUUGGAAGACAGCAUCAAAACCAGACCAGAAGAGGCACUGUCUGUCCAGCAAUUAAUGGACUCCCUCUCGACCUCCCUCUCAGCCCAACUAGUGGCAGACCUCUCGAACACGCUAUCAUCCCAUGUCAUAGCAGCUAUCUCACCCCAAGUCGUGAAUAUCUUAACAGCCUCAGAGACACUCAAAUCAAAUGUUGAUGCAAUUGCGAAAUUUAAGGCAGUCAUAGAAGAAAAUUCGAAGGAAGACAACUCAUCUGCAUCUGCAGCUGCCACAUGUGCUGAGCUUGCAGCUGAUGCCGUAUUAAGCAGUAUCACCGAUGUUAAAAAUGCUAUAGAUUCACUAACCCCUCCCCCCAGUGCAGUUCAACCGGCAACUUCGAAGUCAUACAGCGCGGUCACCCAACAAAGCGCACAGACCCUGGCCCCAAUCUCGGCAGCACUUAUUCGUGUGUCCACAAGAGACCAGCAAAUUCUAUUCGACCCAGCUCUGGGCCAAGCCCUAUUCGUGCCUGACAUAACUUCAGUAGACAUAGCGACCAGAAUGAAACUAGCAUUCACAGCAACUGAAUUGGACGACAUGCCAAUUAUUCAAAUCAAGGCAAUCACACACCUUUGCAAUGGAGGUCUAAUAGUGGAACUUACCUCCACAGAAGCCGCUACAUGGAUUAGAGUACCAGAAAACUGA